AUGUCGGGGAAGCCAUGCGUGGGGGUUCCGUCGUACCGCGGCGGCUACGUCUCUCCCGCGGGGGUCAGGGUGCAGUACAGCAGUGACUGGGUGAAGCAGCACCCGCUUGAGGGCGACGGGCUGCGGCCGCUCCUCUACAUGCACCUGUGGAAGAAGAAUAAGGGGAGCGAGAGCCGACUCAAAAGCGUCCGUCUGCCGGACACCGUCGUGUACGAGCACAACUUCCCCCGCGCCUGGUACACCUACGACGGGGAGGCGCGGGAGAUCAACAAGCACCCGGGCAAGAUGCUGGACGCCCAGUCCAUCUAUGAGCACUUCAGCCACUCCACACCCGACUGCGAUGUGGUGGCGCAGUUCCUCACCACCUGCGCCCAGGACAACCCCGCCCUCGCGCCGGAGUCUGGGCUCCUCAGCUACGUGGAGUACUUCACGGCGGAGUCGCUCCGUGAAUUCCUCUUUGGCCACGAUCGCAAACCGGAUGGAAUUCUGCAGAAGUUUGUGUUGCCCAAGGGGGAUCUGACGCUGCGAAAAAAUUCGCAGCUGCAGGUGAUGUGGUCGCCGCUGAUGACGGUUGUGUACAAGCGGACAAACAAGCAGCGGUUAGGCGACUUGCACCUUCCCGCCCACGUGCGCGCGGCCACGUUUGACGGCGACUGCCACCUGAGUGAGUUGUCGCUCAUCGCGGACGAGUCCAAGGCGAGGCUGGAGUCCCUCUGCCGAGAGGUGGUGGACCACGUCUUCUUCACCGACCGCAAAUUGAUCACCCGCAUCGUGCUGAACUUCAAAAUUGACGACGCCAAUAGACCCUGCCUGCUCUGGUGCAGCUCUCUGCGUCUCUCGGGCGACCGACUGAACCCGCGAAACCUGCAAGUCCCUGUGGCACUUUCCAUGCAAGUUGAGGUGCUAAAUGACGGCUCCUCCACGCGGGAUCGCAUGAGGAGGGGGCGAGCGCGACAGCAUCAGCUGUUUUUGAUGGACAAGCAACUCUUCGAGCUCUCGCGCGACUACGAAUUUGGCCACCACUGCAACUCCUCCAACGUCCGUGAGGCAAAACUCCUGGGCCUCGUGCCGCACCGUGGGGCCUCCCGUCGGGCCUACUCACGAAGAGGUUUACCGCGGCAGAGUCCGCCCCAUCCCUUUCAGGAGGCCAUGCGAUACUUUGGGACCGCCACCCCGGCGGCGCGCGAUGAGGCUUCCUCCCGCCGCAGCGUGUCUUCAGCGCAGCAGCAGCAGGAGCGGCAAAGCCGGUCCUCUCAUGGAUCGUUCCGUCAGGAACAGGAAGCAACAGAUGACUCGGAGUAUCGUGUUAAAAGUGAGCUCACUGCCAUGGCGCUUGACGCAUGGUACAGUGUCUAUUCUUCCACGCUGUCGGAAUACCCAAGCCACAUGCCAACGAAGGAUGUGACGCUGUCGGAGCCCCUCGUGACGGUGCUGCAGCCCGCGGAGCUCGACCGUCUGCUAGUGAUCCUUGGCCUCGAGCCGAACCCAUCCUCCGAUGAACCUCGGAGGUUCAGUGUGAAAACGGGUCUUAUUGGGCCCGGGCGGCGCUUUGAUCGUCCACUGGCCAACGCAGAGCGUGAUGUAAGAGACUACUUUGAUGAGCUUUUUGCUUCCAGGGGGGCAGAGAUUACGGCGCAAUGCCUAGACAAUGAUCGCUGGGUCUGGUGA